AUGGCCCCACGACGGGUCACCAGAGCGCUUGCCGUUUCGUUCUUUGUCCUCGUUCUGAACACGGGAUUCGUAGCUUCAUAUAACCUAACCCCGGAGGCGGCCCUCUCGGACUAUGGCACCCGUCACCAGGGAAUCAUGGCUGAUGCUCCGGCGCCGCCGGAUCCUCAGCCAGGUGCAGAGGAAGGCGGGCAACGGCCGCUCGAAUGUUUCCAAGUCGCCCAGCCGGUGCUAGGCCCCAACGGCCCUGUCUACCAGGAGGUUGGUAAUAGUGAUGAUGGCAAGGGAACAUCUCCGGCGGACUUUACAGGGUGUAGGGUGCAGCUUAUGGACCACUCAUUUGGCAACAGCUAUGGCAAACCCUUUGUCGGUGAUUACACGCCUCCCAACUGCGACUUUAACCGCGUUAUUGUGAACUUUACUGCCACAUCUGCAGGCCGUCAACUGGAUCGGCUGGCUUUGUUGUAUUUCGGCGACACGGAGGUGUGGAGAACAUCCACAGCGGAGCCCAGAGCGGCCCCCGGGAUUGUUUGGACCUAUUGGAAGGACAUGACCCCGUACCUUAGCCUCUGGAAAUCUCCCCAAAAGAUCAUUUUCGACCUGCCUAACCUCAUCGACGACAGGUAUACCGCCCCUUUCAACUGCACCCUGACCGCAACCUUCUUUAAGUCCGAUGUGGGAACCGACAAUGCACUCCCCGCUGACCUCAUCAUCCCCAUCUCGUCACGGAACGCGUCCUCCAACACGGGCAGUGCCUGGCAAGUGCCAGAGCGUGAGGCCGUGAGCACCGUCAAAUUUCCGCGCAAUGCCAAUCGAGCAGUCUUCUCCGUCUCAGCCAAUGGCCAAGGAACGGAGGAGUUCUGGUGGAGCAAUGUCCUCGACAGCGAUGCCGCAGCUUUCAAUGCCACCGUCGGUAUUGCUCCUGCUGGAAGCCCUUGGCGCGAGGUCCAGGUCCUCAUUGACGACAAACUUGCCGGAGUGCAGUGGCCCUUCCCUGUCGUCUUCACCGGAGGAGUCGUGCCUAGCUUACACCGACCGCUCGUGGGGCUUGACGCGUUCGACUUGCGGGAACACGAGAUUGACAUAACUCCCUGGCUCCCGGUCCUGAGCGACGGCCAAGAGCACACCUUCAAGAUCAAGGUUGCUGGCAUCUCCGACCAAGGAAACCGGUUAAUCGUGAACACCACCGUUGGUAAUUUCUGGGUGGUCUCGGGCAAGGUCUUCCUCUGGUUAGACGAGGAAGGGUCUAUCACGACCGGCAAGCCGCCUACAGUUUCUAUUUCCGACCCCGAUAUCAAGAUAUUCGGCCGUGCGGUUGGGAAGAACGCAACCGGUGCGAACGAGACUCUCACCUUCAACCUGGGCGUGACGCGUUCUAUCUCAGUCAAGGGCGAGGUUGUUUCCAAAAACGGGACCAGUCAUCCCGAGUGGACACAAAGUCUGUCAUAUACCAACAGUGCAAUACUAAGCCGGUUCGGCCGCGAUGGCUUCAAUGACUUUGUCAUCGCCGGCACAGAUGCGCUGCUUGGGGGGCCGGCCAGGUACCAAACGACAUACUCGUAUCCGCUGAUAGUCAACCAGACGGCCGACAUGACGCCAGCCGGCGACCUGAGCCUGGAAGCAACAAUGUACCAGGAGCUGAGGUUGGAGGUCGAAGGCGCGGGUGUGUAUCCAACCGGCCUCGAGGCCUAUAACGCUGUUGGCCAAAACGUGCAGGGACGGAGCGGUCAGUACAGUGUAUCGAAACUUUUCACUUUCCGCAACGGCACGGCUACGUUCACCAUGCCGGCAGAUAUGAAGAGCAGUUCGGCGUUUGGGACGACGCGACAAGUCUUCCUGUUCAGCGGCGGCCAGGACAGGGCACGUGACGUUGAACUAUACACGAGGAGCGUCUUGGCUACGAACAACACGGUGCUGUCCGAUAAAGAAAAUUCUGCCGAUGGGCGAGGGAGAAUUUUGACCGUCCCAAGCCUUCCUUGA